AAGAAUCGAGUUUCGUAGAAAGGCGGGAAAUAAUAUUGAACCGGACUGUGAUUGUUCUUCUAUUUCUUAAAUAUAUAAGGGUUUGUUGUUUUAUUGUAAAUAAUGUCAGAUGUGAGUUGCAGUGUUAUUGAACUUGUUGAUCCUAGGAAAGGUCAGAUUCAGAUAAUUUUGGGUCCAAUGUUUUCUGGAAAGACUACAGAAUUGAUACGGAGAUUGAGACGUUACCAGAUAGCAAAGUGCAAGUGUCUUGUUGUGAGAUAUGCAAAUGAUGAUCGUUACAGUGAGAGUGACAUUGUUAGUCACGAUCAGCAGUCAUUGGCAGCUGUUUCUGCAAGACAGAUCAGAGAUAUCAAAUUCAAGGCUCUAGAGUAUGAUGUUAUUGGUAUUGAUGAAGGCCAGUUUUUCCCUGAUAUAGUGGAGUGCUGUGAAAGUCUGGCAAACCUUGGGAAGGUUAUGAUUGUGGCAGCACUUGAUGGCACAUUUCAACGAGCUGGAUUUGGGGAUAUUCUGAAUCUUAUACCUUUGGCCGAAAAUGUGGUGAAACUUAGUGCUGUCUGCAUGCUAUGCUUUGGGAACGCUGCUUUUACAAAGAGGAUUGGCAAUGAAAUGAAGUUGGAGGUGAUUGGUGGUACAGAUAAAUACAUGGCUGUCUGUCGAAAGUGCCAUCUUAAACCUGCCAUGUCAAGAUCCCCACUGAAGGAAGUGGAUAAUCAGAUCUCAGGAAGCAUGGAAGUUGACUGUGGGAAGUCACCCAAUAAAUCAUUUCAGGAGACGGCAAUAUCUGUCUAUAACUGAACCAUCUUAUGCCUUAUUUGUCCUGCAGAAGCAGUAUUGAUUGAAUUUGCUUACAUAUCUGUUAUGAACAGAUGAGCUAAUUAUGUAAGAAAUUUUGUAGAAGUGUAAAGAUAAAGAUAAGCAUAUAAUUAGAAAAUAUGGAAAAGAAAUAAUGAACUUCUGGUCUGUAUUAUUGGGCAAAAGCAGAUUUAUAACAGGCCCACAUCUCUUGCCAUUCGGAAUGGCUAUUGAGUGGAUGACGCAAUUACGUGUCAAAAAAAGAGACAGAGGAAAAUAAUAAUAAAUCAGUGUAACAUAAGGUAACAUGUUAAGAGAAUGUGAAAUAACAGAAAUGUUUAGUUGUUCCCAGAAGUGAUAAAGAAUUUAGUGAAACUUCAUAUACAGGGUGUCCCAGGAGGAAAGCUCAAUAUUCUGGGAAGUCAU